UCUGGGAAAGAGUUGCGCUGUAUUUGUGUCAUGCUGGAGGGGAAUCAGAGCCUGGGGUUUUUCUUCAUCACUGACAUUAGUUUAAACCUGUGUCUUUUUCAACUCAACUCAGUGCCAAAAAAGGAACUCUGCGUGGAGGGAGUGCUUUGCAAACACGCAGACCAGGAUUUAUCUGGUGAUAUCAUCAUUAGUCCAUUCAUCAAGAUGAGUAAAGUUAAACCACUGGAGGUCAGCACAGAUAUUUUCCUACAGAUGAUGACAUCACCAAGUAUGAUGCACGGUAGUAGUGAAGAAGUCCCACCUUCAAGAGAUUCAAAAUACAUGACCCUCUGCAGAAGCAGCCACCUGCAGGAGCGUCCUUCUGCAAGCAGGGUGUUGACAUCAGGCAGAGAGGAGCAGCCAUUCGCAGACAGUGCAUCAGACUGACGUGAAGAUCAAGCAUCGUCAGGAAAACGUAUUGCAGCUGCAGAUGGAACCAGUUAAUCAAAUGCACAGUGAAGAGAGCAACUCCACUAACUGUCCCUCCAUCGAUGACUUCCGUAAUCAGGUUUACUCCACAUCCUACUCCCUCAUCACGGUGUUAGGCCUGACUGGAAAUGGCUUCGCCUUGUUGGUGCUGCUACGAACGUAUCGCCCGAGUUCUCCUUUCCAAGUCUACAUGCUGAAUCUGGCUGUGUCCGACCUGCUGUGUGUCAGCACUCUGCCAAUGCGGGUCGUCUAUUACGUCAACAUGGGACAGUGGAAUCAGGGCGAUUUCCUGUGUCGCAUCACCUCCUGUGCCCUCUACGUCAAUCUGUACUGCAGCAUUUACUUCAUGGCGGCCAUGUCUGUGACACGUUUCGUGGCCAUUGUCUUCCCUGUGCAGAACCGACUGUUGGUGACAGUGAAACAUGCACGACUAGUGUGUGUGGGCAUUUGGAUUUUUAUCUGUUUAGCAUCAUCACCCUUCUUGAUGUUUGGCCAGAAAUUUGACCCCGUCUCCAAUAAAACAACGUGCUUUGAACCUCCGAUACGUCAGGAUGUGUCAAAAGUAGUCAUGCUGAAUAAUUUGUCUUUGGUCCUGGGUUUUAUCCUCCCCUUCCUCAUCAUACUCAUCUGCUAUGCUGGUAUUAUCCAUACCCUACUGUACCGCACCCCUGGUACAAGACGUCAGCAAGACACAGGCCCAAAAGCCAUUCGAAUGAUCGUCAUUGUCCUACUGACCUUCUUAGUUAGCUUCAUGCCGUACCAUGUGCAACGCUCCGUUCACAUCCACUCCUUGUACCGGACUGACACUUCCUGUUCUGAAAUAGUGAUUAUGCAAAAGUCAGUUGUAGUGACGUUGUGUCUGGCCGCAGCCAAUUCAUGCUUUGACCCUUUGCUUUACAUUUUUUCUGGGGAGGGUUUUCUCGAACGUCUUUCCUCCAUGCGCCUGUCACGAUCAGCUAGCAUCUCUAACCAUUCCGUUAGGUUAAAUGUUGCCAGUAACCAGACUGGCGUCAACAGACAGCUCAAUGGCACUUCAUUUGUACUUAACAGGAACGCUGUCCAAUAAGGUGAAUGACAUGUCGAAAAGGUGGAUUACUCACAAACAAAAAACAGCCUGUUGUCCACAAGAAUUUAGUAUUCGUCAAAAAAAUAAAUAAAUGUAAAGCACUGGAAUUAGUAGACACCCUACGAAUUAUUGUGGCUACUGUGUAUAUGAGAUAAUAUCUAUCCAUCCGGAACUACUUGUCUUUUUUGUCGCAAGUGAAUUUGGGCGAGAGCUGGGAUACACCCAAAACCGUUUGCCAGUUAAUCCCAGGAUAAAUACAUUUUGAAGAAAAAAAAAAUAAGUAUAAUACAUGUUAUUUUCCUGCUAUUGACUGGCCCAACAUUGUAUUUCAAGGCAUCUUUUCGAAAGGUCAAAUUGAUUGUCUUUAUCUUAUUGCAAAAUAUGGUGUUUUCAUGGCAAGUUAUUGUAUUUGGACAGUUUGUCUUUAUUCACCACCAUAAGUUUUAAAUAAAACAAAUCAUUAAUUAGAGAUGGUUCACAGAAAUAUGGUUACAAUUAGAAAUUACAACGAGUUACGUCCAUUUUCAGGGGCUCAAAACCAUUUGUAGUAUUUUGACCAAACGGUAUCAUUUCGGUAUCACAUGACUAUAUGUGGGAAUGCUGCAACUGUCGCUAUGUGCACUUGCUAAUCUUGGCUUUUCAUCACAAUAUCCCCCAAUUGCACAACUAACCUUUUUAUAUAUAUAUAUAUGUAUAUCAUCAACAUUAGCAACAAUGACUUGAAAACACUUUGCUUCGGAUUUUGAUCAAAUCUGAUUUCUCUACUGUAUCCAUGUCAUGGAACUUACAAUAAAGCUCAGACUAUCACAAUUAAAAAUGCUGUAUAGAAGCAGUUUUACUGUCAAUCUGUAUUAGUGUAAUGUGAUUUUGUUUGUGUCAUGCAUCAUGCAUGAGGCCAGGAAGGCCAUGAACAUGCUGACUACCCCAUGACUGUACUUGUGGCGAGUUUCUGUGCCUUCCCAGGGUCUGGGUCACAUAGCUGAACCUAUAGUGCAAGGGUCACCAGCAUGGUACCUGGCAGGCACCAGGUACCCCCUAAGGAGCACAUGAGUAGCAUGUGGGCCUGUUCUAAAAAUAGUUCAACUGUGGUGGGAGAUUGUGAUUUCGUGGACAUGUUGUAGAAGUGAUCAUUUGAAAAUGUAAACACAUGCAGAGAUUUCUAGAAAUAAAUCAAUUCAAAUGGAUAUCUAUUUCCAAUGUUGUUAAAUCAUUGUUAAUAAUUAUUGUUGGUCAUG